CCUUCUUCUUCAUAUGCAAACUAGAUAGCCUAACCUUCCAACAGGUUAUGAGCCUCGCCUGCCACUAGACUGAGAACAGACCUGUCCCCUCACAUACUCGGAGUCCCUGUGUCGUCCAAAACAACCCUCAUUAUCCGUACCUCUGCUCUAGCCUGCGCCUCUCAACAGCUGUCUUGCCGUGUGAAAGACUACUGUCGCACCAGAAAUUGGAUAACGAGCCUGUGAGCUCUAGGAUUGGACCGUCUAUCCCUUUAUUGGUGAUAUUUGAUCUUACCAUCGUUCGUUAGGCCCAUCAUCCAACUCUUCUCAAGAUCCAAAAACCUCAACGUCCCUUCCCUGCCUCGCCUCCCUCGACUUUGCCGCCUGCCACCCAUACCCCAUACAUGCUAGAGUUGGGAAUACAGCAAGUAGUUCGUGAAGCCUACUCAGAUAGAGCAGUCGGCGAGGUCCCCAUCACUGUGCUUAGUGGUGAUUACCCUGAUACCACCAUACUGUUUAUCAGCUUCCGGGAGCCGGGGAGCAAUGACGAAACAGCUGAGGGGAUCAUCAUUGAGAGGUACGGAAUGGGACUGGGACAUGUCAGUGAUGACGGAGAAUUAUACAGCAAGCUGUGUGGCGGAAUUGGCAGAGGAUGCUACGUACUGCUACAGAAUAAAGAACGAGUCUUUUUCCGGCUACGCGAACGAGAUAGAUCAUGGAUGCUUCGGAGUAGGGACGGUAGUCGAGUUGCAGAAGAACUCUCUACUUACGAAUAUCGACGAGAGAGCACAGAAUUUGUGUUAGAACGCCGAGAGUGCGAAGCGUGACGUAGGUACAUAAUCAUAUCACAACGAAAAUGGAAAACUUUUGGGUUAUCUGAUGGAAAAU